AGUAUCUUUUUCACGAGAUAGUGUAAACGAAAAUGACUCGGUUAAACUGCAUCGUGAUACUUAUCGGUAUUGCGCUAUUGUGCGUUUUCGCGGAAGAGCUUUAUUCUGAUCAGUAUGAUCAUAUCGACAUAAAUAAUAUCCUCAAUAACGAUAAACUGCGAGACCAAUAUUACAACUGUUAUAUGGAAACUGAACCAUGUCUAACAGCAGAUGCAAAGUUUUUUAGAGAAAUCGCUGGCGAAGCUUUUCAAACAAAAUGCAAAAGAUGUACUGAAAAGCAAAAGGAAAUGAUGGAUUCAUUAGUCGAUUGGUAUACAAAAAAUAAACCUGACCUAUGGCAAAAGAUUGUUGAGAAAAGCUUAGAGGAUAUGAAAAAGAAGAAUGCUGGUCAAUAAUUGCUGACGAAUGCUGCAAAAGGUGAUAAAAAUAACGACACAAAAUCCGAAAUAUUAGAACUUUAUAAUGCUAUAGUUUAUUACUAACAAUAAAUUGUUGUUAUAUAAUCUUUUAAUGAUUGUAUUGUAGUAUUAUUGUUGUUGUAAUGUUAUAUAUUAAUAAUAAAUAGAAUAUAAUAAUAAAAAGAAAAA